AAAUGUGGAUAGGGAGAUCACCACUGCGCUACGUCCAAAUCCCGACGCCUCUCGUACCUCCUCAAUCCCUUCCUCGAUCUCUAAUCGGCAUCCUAGGGUUUCAUAGGAAAGGAAGCAAUUCGAAAUGGGCGGUGGAGUCCUUAGAACAGCAGCGAAGGUUGCCUCAACCGGAUCUUUCCGCUCUCCGCUCGUCGGUGAGGCUAUUCGAAGGGCCGCCAGGCAGCAAGCGUCCUCUUUUGUGCCUGCGGUCGAGCAGGGGCUCAGUGUUCCUAACCUUUCCUCUGGUCCUACACUAAGUGAGACCCCGGCGGUGGCCGUCGCUACCCACUGGCCUGAUUGGGAAUUUGCUGAGUGGGAGCUCGCUGGAGAUACAGAACAAAGCCUUUCAUCGGUUGAUGUCGCUCCUCGACUGGUUUUCGGUCCCGUCCCCACCCUCGAGGAGGCCAAGGAGGCGACCGCUGAUCUGAAAGACGCGCUGGAGAAAGUAUAUUUCGUACCUGAUCAUACCCUGGAUUCUCAUGGAGGUGGCCAAGAAACAGCCUGUGGUGAAAAUGGUACCGUUUCUGCAGUACCGGGACAUGUCGUUCAGAUGUUUUCUUUGCUGCGAGGAAGCUCUGAAGCUCAGGAGGUGGUUGCUUCACUUGCCGCUGAUAAAAAUGUCUGGGAUGCGGUCAUGAAUAACGAGAAAUUUCUCAAGUUCUGCAAUAACCCUUCACCUGCGGUAGCUCAAAUAUAUGGGGAUCCAGCUGAAUCUGUUGCAGAAAACAAGCCCAACUUUUCACCAACUGUAGAAGUGGAAGAAACCUCUAAAGUCUCUUUACUGGAUAGCUUCAAGGUUAAAGUUUCGCAGAUUGUCAGCUUUAUAUCUGACUACGUUCAAGAUUUCUUUGGGAUCUCCAGCCCCUCAGGCGAAACGGUAACAAGUAGCACUGAUCAUAAAUAUAUCAAUAUGACACUUGGAUCUUCCUUUAUGGCAUUAGCUGUUGCAACCAUUUUGGUGGUUCUGCUUAAGAGAGGAUAGUUCUCUUCCAUUUUCAUAUACUCUAUAUGAAUUUGUUGAUGCAACUAAGAGAAAUGUUUGUUUUUGGCAAACUUUUUCCUUUUAGUUGGAGAACUUGUCGACUAGAAAAACAAAUGGAACCUUUCUAUGUAUAUAUUUUGGAUGGCUUUAUCUAUUUGUGUAUCCUACUAACUGUGUUUUAGUUUGACUUGUAUAUACAUGAAUGCAUGUUAAAUUGUACGUGGGUGGAUAUUGUCCCUCCCCUCCCUCUGUGUUAGUGGAGAAACCAGCUAUUGAGAGCUCUUGUGAAUAUUUUUUCUUUCUAUUUAUUGAACUUUUUAUUGUUGGUGGAUU